AUGGCGACCAACAGCGGCCGAGGAAACCCAAUCGCUGCCAGCGAGGGCGCCCAAGACGCUACAAACCCCCCUCCAGCUGUUCCCGCUGAGGAGAAGAAGGAUAUCGCCGAGUCUGCUACCGGCACCCACGCCCCAGGACAAGAUGCUGGCACAGCUGCCGCAGCUGGUGGUGCACCCAAGGUGAAGACCGAGAAGGAGUUGGAAAAGGAGCGAAAGAGGGCCGAAAAGCAGGCCAAGUUCGACGCAAAGAAGCAAAAGGCUUCCGCCACAGCCCCCAAGCCUACGAAAGAGAAGAAGCCCAAGGAGAAGAAGGUCGAGGAGGAGCCUCUCCCUGAGUACGUCGAGGAUACUCCCGAGGGCGAGAAGAAGCGAAUUCGAUCGUUCGAUGACCCCCAUUUCAAGGCCUACAACCCUAUCGCCGUCGAAUCCGCAUGGUACAGCUGGUGGGAGAAGGAGGGCUUUUUCAAGCCCGAGUUCAAACCUGAUGGCAGCAUCAAGGACGAGGGCAAGUUCGUCAUUGUCCACCCUCCUCCCAACGUUACCGGUGCUUUGCACAUGGGCCACGCUCUUGGUGACGCUCUCCAGGAUCUCAUGAUUCGAUGGAGCCGAAUGCAGGGAAAGACUACUCUCUGGCUGCCUGGUUGCGAUCACGCUGGUAUCUCCACACAGAGUGUUGUCGAGAACAUGCUCUGGAGGAGACAGGGCAAGACACGACACGACCUUGGCCGUGAGAAGUUUGUCGAGACCGUCUGGGAGUGGAAGGAGGACUACCACAAGAAGAUCAACAAGGCUUUGACCAGCUUGGGAGGAUCUUUCGACUGGAGCAGAGAAGCUUUCACCAUGGACAAGAACCUGUCCGCUGCUGUUACUGAGACAUGGGUCAAGCUUUACGAAGAGGGCAUCAUUUACCGAUCAAACCGACUUGUCAACUGGUGCAGUAAGCUCAACACUGCGCUUUCUAACCUUGAGGUUGCCAACAAGGAGUUGACCGGCCGUACCCUUCUCGAGGUUCCUGGAUACGAGAAGAAGGUCGAGUUUGGUGUUAUCGUCCACUUCAAGUACCCUAUCGAGGGAUCAGAUGAGCUCGUCGAGGUCGCUACCACACGUAUCGAGACUAUGCUUGGUGAUACUGGUAUAGCUGUUCACCCUAAGGAUGAGAGAUAUAAGCACCUCGUUGGCAAGAAUGCUACCCACCCCUUCAUUGAGGGCCGCAAGCUACCUAUUAUUGCCGACGAGUAUGUCGACAUGGCAUUCGGUACCGGUGCUGUCAAGCUUACACCCGCUCACGACGUUAACGAUUUUACUCUUGGCCAGAAGCACAACCUUGAGUUUAUCAACAUCUUGACCGACGACGGCCUGAUGAACGAGAACGCUGGUGCUUACCAGGGCCAGAAGCGAUUUGAUGUCCGUUACACUAUCCAGGACGACCUCAAGGCCAAGGGUCUCUACGUCGACAAGAAGGACAACGCCAUGAAGGUCCCCAUGUGUGAGAAGUCUAAGGAUAUCAUUGAGCCUCUUCUGAAGCCCCAGUGGUGGGUCCGCAUGAAGGAGCUUGCUGAGCCUGCCCUGGCUGCUGUCCGAGAUGGAAGCAUCAAGAUCCGACCUGAGAGUGCUGAGAAGAGCUACUUCCGAUGGCUCGAGGAUAUCAACGAUUGGUGUAUCAGUCGACAGCUCUGGUGGGGUCACCGAUGCCCCGUCUACUUUGCUAACAUCGAAGGCGGUGCUGGAGAUAUCCCUGAGGAGAAGCUUUGGUUCGCCGGCCGAACUCGGGAGGAAGCUGAGGAGAAGGCCAAGGCCGCCUUGCCCGGCAAGACCUACACCCUUGAGCAGGAUGAGGAUGUCCUUGACACAUGGUUCUCUUCUGGUCUCUGGCCUUUCAGCACCCUAGGCUGGCCCAACAACACACAUGACCUCGAGACUCUCUACCCUACCUCCCUCCUUGAGACAGGUUGGGAUAUUCUCUUCUUCUGGAUUGCCAGAAUGAUCAUGCUUGGUCUCAAGAUGACAGGCAAGAUUCCCUUCAAGGAGGUCUACUGCCACAGUCUCGUCCGAGAUUCAGAUGGCCGCAAGAUGAGUAAGAGUCUGGGUAAUGUCGUCGACCCCCUGGACGUCAUCUCUGGUAUUGAGUUGCAGACUCUCCAUGACAAGCUUACCCUGGGUAACCUCCACCCCAGCGAAGUUGCCAAGGCCACCAAGUACCAGAAGACUGCCUUCCCUGACGGCAUUCCUCAGUGUGGUGCUGAUGCUCUGCGUUUCACCAUGGUUAACGCCACAACCGGCGGUGGUGACAUCAACCUGGAUGUCAAGAUCAUCCACGCAUACCGCAAGUUCUGUAACAAGAUCUUCCAGGCUACCAAGUACGUCUUGGGAAGUCUCCCUGAGGACUUCACUCCCUCAAAGUCGGGUAUCGCUCGUGGCGAGACUCUCGCUGAGCGAUGGAUUCUUCACAAGAUGAACACUGCUACCCGCGAGAUCAACCAGGCUCUUGAGGAACGUGAGUUCUCCAAGUCAACGCUGAUCGUCUACCGCUACUGGUACAACGAGCUUUGCGAUGUCUACAUCGAGAACUCAAAGGCCAUCAUCCGCGACGGCACCAAGGAGGAGCGCGAGUCUGCCAUCCAGACUCUCUACACUGCUCUCGAGGCUGCUCUCACAAUGAUUCACCCCUUUAUGCCCUUCAUUACCGAGGAGAUGUGGCAGCGAAUGCCCCGACGACCCGAGGACCAGACCAAGUCCAUCAUGGUUGCCAAGUACCCUACAUACAGCGAGACACUUGACGACCCUGAGUCUGAGCGCGCCUAUGAGCUUGUCCUUGGCUGCUCCAAGGCUGCUCGCUCAUUGAUGGCUGAGUACGCCCUUAAGGAUGAGGCCGAGGUCAUCAUCCAGGCCUACAACGACACUGCCCUCGCCACCGUUAAGGAGCAAUCAUCGUCCAUCAAGAUCCUCAGUGGUAAGGGCAUCAAGGGCGUUGAGAUUCUCAGCCCCGAUGCCACUCGACCUGCUGGCUGCGUCGCCUACCCCGUCUCCACCGAGGCCGCCGUCUUCCUCCACGUCAAAGGUCGCGUUGAUCUUGACGCCGAGAUCGCAAAGGCGCAGAAGAAGUUCGACAAGGCGAAGGGCAACAUCCAGAAGCAGGAGAAGAUCCUGAAGGACCCUGUCUACCUUGAGAAGGUCUCGGAUGCUGUCCGGGAGACAGAUGAGAAGAAAUUGGCGGAUGCUAAGCAAGAGCUUAACAGUUUCGAGGAAACUAUUAAGCAGUUUGAGCAGCUCAAGUUGGAGUAA